AUGUUGCACGAAUUGUCGGCAGCACCCAGCCCGGACCUCGACCCGACCCUGCAUGUUGGGGUAGAGUACAGAGUAGAGUACAGAGUAGGGGUACAGAGGUACAGAGCAUACCCAAGACGCGCACGGCUAGCACCAAUUUUAGCUAUUGUGCUAGGUAAGUGCCCUGUGAGCGCUGCGCGAGGCCUGGAGCCUGGGCCUCAGCAAAUCGCCAUCUGUCGAUGA